AUGGCUGUGCCGAACAUGGCCUCAUAUUUGGACCACAACAUCAGCAACAGUAGCAGAAAUGCCACCACCAUCGACACGGCUGUCCUGGACGCCUUUAUACCGGGCUACUCUGUCCUCUCUCGUUUUCUGGUCUCCUACCUCCAGAUCGACCUAUCGUACUACCUGCCCUUCCUUGUGAUGGCAGCGGCAGCUACCGCCUCCCUGCGCUACAGCGUUAAAAAAAUCGUCCGCCUGCUGGGGGAACACUUCACCUCGACGGCGGAGAUCCGCCUCGACGACGAAAUCUAUAAUUAUCUUAUGUUCUGGAUGGCGCAGCAGCCGUUCACGAAGCGGACGACGCAUUUCGUCGCGGGGACGAAGAUCAGCAGCGGGAUGCGGUACUGGGAUUCCGAUAACGGCGAGGGGUCGGAUGAUGAGGACAUCGGCGAGGACGACGGCCCCGACAACAGCGACAUGCUGGCCAACUUCGAUCGGUACUGGCAAAAGGUCAUCAGCAAGGACAAGUACCGCACGCUGCGGUUCACGCCCGCCGAAGGGACGCAUUACUUCUGGUACAAGGGACGCCCCCUCGCGUUCAUCCGGGAGCGCGAGGAGAACAACGGCGGCGUGAGCCUGCGGUGGGUGCCGGAACGGCUGUACCUGUCGUGUCUGGGGCGGGACCCGGGCAUCCUCAAGGACCUGUUGGCCGACGCGCAGCGGGCGUAUGUGGCGCGCGACGGGAACAGGACGAUCAUCUACCGCGGGCAGAAGAGCGGGGUGGACGGCUUCGACUGGGUGCGGUGCAUGGCGCGGCCGCCGCGGCCGCUGUCGACGGUGGUGCUGGACGAGGCGCAGAAGCAGGCGUUCAUCGACGAUAUCAAGGAGUAUCUGCAUCCGAGGACGAGGCGGUGGUAUUCGAAUCGCGGCAUCCCGUACCGCCGGGGGUACCUGUUGCACGGCCCGCCGGGCACGGGCAAGACGAGUCUGUGUUUUGCGGCGAGCGGGCUGCUGGGCUUGACGCUGUAUCUGCUCAGUCUGAACUCGAAGAGUCUCGAUGAGGACAGUCUGAUGUCGCUGUUCUCGGAGCUGCCGCGGCGGUGUAUCGUGCUGCUCGAGGACGUCGACAGCGCAGGGAUCACGCAGAAGCGCGCGGAGGAUGACUCCACGGCGUCGGCCGUGCUCGUGGAAAAGGGCAAGUCCAGCACUGAGGAGAAGGAGCCCGAAACGACCACCAACAAGGGCGUUUCGCUCUCGGGCUUGCUCAAUGUCAUGACGGAGUCGCCGCCAGCGAGGGCCGGAUCCUCAUAA